AUGGCUGCUCGAAUACUCCAGGACCGCAUGACAUAUUGGCUCGGGUAUCUCCAAGGCUGGGCCAGCUCCACUUUGCCGCGAUCUCCCAGUGCGGCUUAUGGUCUCCUGGUCUCUAAAGCCACAAGCCUCAUCUCACUCCCGCUGCCACUAUUGUCCGUUUUGGCCAUACCCUUUGUGGGCGGCUCGUCGACUACUGUCAACCUUGUGAUAUUCUAUCUAACGUGGACUGCCUUGAUCACAAGCUAUGGACCCUUGAGCGUAGAGAUUGGAGGCACUCUGCUUGUCCGCUUGGUAUGCUUUCUCGUGCCAGCUCUUGCUUGCCUCGCCUUCGACUGUGCACUCCCGAAGCUCAGCCAAGGCAUCAAGGCUCAUGGUAAACGACAGCUACCUCUCAGCCUGGGUCGUGACAAGAUCCUUGAGAUUUCUGGUGUUGCGAUAUUCAAUGUUCUACUCUCAGUCGCCGUACAGGGAGCACUUGAGCUCUUCGCAACUCGCGUGAUGCAUACUAGGAGUCUGCUCAGAGUCAGUGCUGCUGUGCCUCUUCCAUGGAACCUCGCCAAGGAUGUGCUUAAGGGUUUGUUACUUCGUGGUAUCCUCCGAUAUACCAUCCAUCGCUACGUACUACACACCAUAGAAUCCCAACUUAGUGGAUGGCAUCUUCGCUGGCAGCACUCAAUCAGGAUACCAUUCAGCGUGGUGGCAGCAUAUGAUCAUCCGGUCAAUUAUCUGCUGUCACAAUGGCUUCCUGUCUUCCUGCCAGCAUACUUGUUCCGCUUCCAUGUGCUGGCUUGGCACAUCUUGCUGGCUGUUGCGAGUCUGGAAGAGCUAUUUGUGUACUCUGGCUAUGCUGUGUUGCCAUCUGGCAUCGUUCUGCCUGGCAUGGCGAGGAGGACCGAGGCGCAUUUCGAUUCGGUCUCACAGCGCAAGAUUGGCAACUUCGGCCAUCUAGGCUUGUUAGACUUCGUCUGCGGCACAUCUUGCAAUCAUGAGAGUGAUGUUGUCGACGAUGUUGAAGCAGAAGCUAAAAAGCAUCGCCUGCCACAACGUGCAAGUGGUGCUAUUCAAGGAGCAAUCGAUGGCCUCCGAGGCAACGUGCAUGACGGGAACGCUACUGCAGGUGCACAUCGAUCUGGUGCUAAUGCAGAAGAUGACGAAGACUGGGCGGCUGAUCAGGAUGCUGACGAGAGCAUCACGUCCCAGACCCGGCAGCGGAGAAGUGGGCGAAAGAAUGCUGGAAAGCGUUAG